AUGACCAUUUGUUUGUUCCAGUGGUGAGUCUGGGGCAGGUAAGACAGUCUCUGCCAAGUUUAUAAUGAACUACAUCACACGGGUAUCAGGAGGUGGACAAAGAGUGCAGCAAGUGAAGGAGAUUAUCCUUGAGUCAAAUCCUCUGCUAGAGUCCUUUGGAAAUGCCAAGACUACAAGAAACAAUAAUUCUUCUCGAUUUGGCAAGUAUAUAGAAAUUCAAUUCUCAAGAGGUGGAGAGCCCCUUGGAGGACGAAUAUCUAACUUUCUGUUGGAGAAGUCCAGAGUGCAUUCCUUAAAUGCAGGGGAGAGGAGCUUUCAUAUAUUCUACCAGAUAUGUGCAGGUGCUACAGCUGAUAUGAAGAGUAACCUGGGCAUUGCAUCUCCAGACUUUUAUUCAUAUUUACUCCAGAGUGGCGUUUAUAAGGUUGAUGGCACUAAUGAUGCUCAUGAUUUUCAAGAGACACUGAAAGCAAUGACUGUGAUGGGCAUAGCAGAAGAUACACAGAUGGAUAUUCUCCGCAUUGUUGCAGCAAUUCUUCACAUGAGCAACAUUUCGUUCAAUGAAGAAAAUAAUGCAUCCUUCAUCACUGAUCCAGGCUAUUUGGAAUUCCCAGCAUUUCUCCUGGGCAUUGAUGCUCAAAUCUUGGGUCAGAAGCUCAUCAGCCGAGUGUUUGACAGUAAAUGGGGUGGAAAAUCAGAGAGGGUGGACGUGACUCUAAACACAGAGCAGGCACAGUUUACACGAGAUGCCUGGACCAAAGGAUUAUAUUCAAGAUUAUUUGACUAUAUUGUAGAGACUGUAAAUAAAGCCAUGGUUACUGAUGCCAAUUUGAUAAGUAUUGGUAUUCUUGACAUCUAUGGAUUUGAAAUAUUUACCAAGAAUGGAUUUGAACAAUUCUGCAUCAACUAUGUUAAUGAGAAAUUACAGCAAAUUUUUAUUGAGCUUACCAUGAAGAGUGAACAAGAAGAAUAUAAAACUGAGGGUAUCCACUGGUCACCAAUAACGUACUUUGACAACAAAAUAGUUUGUGAUCUUAUAGAGAGCAAACGACCACCCGGCAUCAUGUGUAUCCUAGACGACACUUGUGCAACCAUGAGUGCCAAGUCUGAAGGUGCUGAUGAAGAUUUUCAUCGCAAAAUGGAAUCACAGGUUGGAUUGAACCCUCAUUAUCAGAAAUUCAGCAAUGGCUUUAUCAUCAAGCAUUAUGCUGGCAAUGUCUCAUACCACAUUGAAAAUUUCUGUGAGAAAAACCGGGACGUUCUCUUCGCUGACAUCAUAGAGGUCAUGCAAACGAGCAACAAUGAAUUCAUCCGCAGCCUUUUUCCUGAUGUGAUUAAUGCUAGUACCAAGAGUAGACCCUCCACAGCUGGCACUAAGAUUCGAACUCAGGCCAAUGAACUAGUCACAACCCUCAUGCAGUGUGUACCUCACUACAUUCGCUGUAUUAAGCCAAAUGAGACUAAAAAGCCUCACGACUGGGAUGACCAGAUGGUGAAGCAUCAGGUAGAAUACCUGGGAUUGAAGGAAAACAUUAGAGUGAAAAGAGCUGGUUUUGCAUAUCGACGGCCAUUCCAAAAAUUUCUGCAAAGAUAUGCAAUCAUAACGAAGGAGACCUGGCCUUCAUGGUCUGGUAAUCCUACACAAGGUAUACACAUCAUCAUGAAGAGUGUCAACAUGGACCCCAGCCAAUAUCAGAUUGGCAGGAGUAAAGUAUUUAUCAAGGAUCCAGAGUCUCUAUAUAUGCUUGAAGAGUGCAGAGAGCGCAAGUAUGACUAUUAUGCUCGAGUCAUCCAGCAUGCAUUUCAGAAAUACUUCAGCAAGCAGCGAUUUUUGAAGGAGCGAUUGGAGGCUAGUGAACUCUUGUUGAAUCGUAAGGAGCGCCGUAGCUGCUCUCUCAACAGGACCUUCCAUGGGGACUACAUCGGUGUUGAGUACAAGCGAGGCAUUACUUCUUUAAUCCCAAGAAGAGAAAAGGUUGAAUUUGCAUUGACAGUUGAUAAAUUUGAUCGCAGGUUCAGACAAACUAAACGUGACCUGAUUGUAACAAAAGCCAAUAUUUACUUAAUUGGUCGAAUGCAAAUUAAGAAAGGCCCUGAGAAAGGAGAUAUUGUAGAUGUUAUCAAGAGGAAGAUUGACCUGGAAAAUGUUAUGCAGGCAACUUUGUCAACAUAUCAAGAUGAUCUAGUUUUGAUUCAUGUUCGCAAUGAUUAUGAAUCCCUGCUAGAAGUUAAAUUCAAGACAGAAUUUUUAAUGGUGCUCAACCGCAAGCUAAUAGAGCGAUGUAACAGAGAAUUGCCGUUGAAUUUUAUCAAUAGCUUUGACUUCAGGGUGAGAAAAACAGGUUGGGGUGGUGGUGGGGUGAGGAAGGUGGUGUUCAGCGAAGGUGCCUCGGACAAGCCACAACUUUUCCCCUCAGGGUCUACAUUGACUGUUAAAGUUGCUCAUGGGUUACCUAAUACUUCACGGCCUGGUUUACACCGUGUGAUCACUCCAGAUGUGCGAAUGUUGACCAACAAAAUAAAUGACCAUAACACUUCACAGUGCAGAAAUAUGAAUAAUCCCCAACACAAUGCUUUAGGCCUUAGACCAGUAGGAGGACCUUUAUUCAGACCAGUUGGACCAGCUCCCAGGCCUGCAGGAUCUAUUUCAAGACCAGUAGGACCUGCCCCCAGACCAGUAGGACCUGUCUUUAGACCUGCAAGUCCUGCUGGAGUACCGCCUAGACCCCGUGGACCAGCUCCUGUACCACCUGGCCUGCAAGAUUUCCCACCUCAUUUGAAUGAUCCAAUAGAUUCUCCAGUGAUGCGCCUUCCAUUCACAGGAAAUCCUCCAGUUAGAUUCAAUUCAUCAAGUACUCCAAAUCCCCCUAUGCAGCCUCCUCCACCACCUUCUGAUCCACCACCUGCUAAUCAGCCUACCAUUGGAAAUACGCAAUAUUAUUGUAACACAGGUUCGAUACGCCCAAUUGUGCCAUUACCAAGGCCACCAAUAGAAAAACCAAAGCCAAAAGUGCCACAAGUUCGGGCUCUAUAUAGUUAUGAUGCAAGUGACACAGAUGAACUGACAUUUGUACAAGGUGAUCUUCUCCAGUUAGUGCAAGAAGACGAGUCUGGCUGGUGGACCUGCAAACUUCACAACAAACAGGGUUUCUGCCCUGCUAAUUACCUCCAGAAAGUUUAGCAUGCUAUUACAUUGUAUACAGUAUUAAUAUCCUUAUAUAGGAAACAAAUAUAUAAAUUAUAUUUAUUUAUACAAUGUUAGUUUCUCUUUGCUCAUAUUCUCAGUGUUUAUGUAAAAUAAAAAUGUGAAAUUAACGGCACACUAAAAUGAAUUCAAGGAAUCAGAAUAAGCUUUUGUACAGAUCAUUCUUGUUCAUCAUAUUGAUACAUACAGUGUAUGUGGUAAGUAGUACAGAAGAGUGCUCUGUUGAUUUGCAGUGUUUCAACCUUAUACAAUUAAUGUAUUUUCUAACUUGAAGUUAAUGCAGGAGUUAUUUGUAUUCACUGCUUUCAUUUUAAGAAAUGACAAAUAAAAAUUAAAAUGUA